CAAGCUGUCAGGACAAUCAGGUUGCUUCCCAGACUUUUCUCUUUAGCUGUCGGCAGUCGGCAUCUAUCGAUACGAAAGGAAUCAUGCAUUUUUCACGCGCCCGUUCCUGCGGUGCGAUGACUCCCCCGAUUGAGGAGUCACCAUCAUAUCAGUCGGCGAUAUAACAUAAAUUCCCGCCGUCCGUACCUUUUUCUCCACUUGACACAACCACCAACUACUCUACAACACGCGCACAAUGAGUCCCAAAACCUCAGCCUUUGAUCUUUCCAAAUGCGCGCGUCCAAAUAUCCUCGCACUUGAACCAUAUCGGUGCGCAAGAGACGACUACAAGGACGAUGGCACGAACAUCCUCCUCGAUGCGAACGAGAACGCUUACGGACCCGGCCUUGCGCUGAAUGAGAACGGCAAACUCUCUGGGUCAGCGACCAAUGGUGUCUCCGGCGACCUUGACGUCGACCUGCUCGGCCUGAACCGAUACCCAGACCCGCACCAGAUCGAGCUUAAACAAGACCUAUGCAACCUCCGCAAUACCCACCACCACACCUCGAAGACCCUUACACCAGACAACUUGUUUGUCGGUGUCGGUUCAGACGAAGCGAUCGAUGCUCUCCUGCGCGCUUUCUGUAUACCAGGGAAGGACAAGAUCCUAGUGUGCCCGCCUACCUACGGCAUGUACAGCGUGUCCGCGCAGGUCAAUGACGUAGCCCUAGCCAAAGUCCCACUACAAGGCCAGGACUUCCAGCUCGACGUCCCGGGCAUCAUCGACGCCCUCUCCAACGACCCAACCAUAAAACUCGCAUACCUCUGCUCACCUGGGAACCCCACCGGCUCUCUCCUAAAGAAAUCCGACAUCCAGCAAAUCCUCGAACACCCAACCUGGAACGGCGUCGUAGUCGUCGACGAAGCAUACAUCGACUUCGCGCCCGAGGGCUCUAGCCUCGCAGAAUGGGUCACCGAGUGGCCCAACAUGGUGGUCAUGCAGACGCUCUCCAAAGCCUUCGGGCUCGCGGGGAUUCGCCUUGGGGCCGUCUUCACGGACCCCGCGAUCGCACGGAUCCUGAAUUCCCUCAAGGCGCCGUAUAAUAUCCCGAAUCCUACUAGUCAGCUGGCGAGGGCGGCGUUGAGCCCGAAACACAUGGAGGUUAUGCGGAAGAAUAAGGAACUCAUUGUUAAGCAGCGAGACCGACUGUUGGAGGAGUUGCCCAAGGUCCCUGGUGUGGGCAGAUUCCUGGGUGGUACGGACUCCAAUUUCCUACUUGUAGAAAUGCUCGAUGCGCCCGCGGACCGGGGUGGUAAACCCUCCAAUGAGACUGCGCUGGCUGUGUACGAAGCUCUUGCCGAGGAGAAGGGCGUCGUCGUAAGGUUCAGAGGCAAGGAGCACGGGUGUUUUGGGUGUUUGAGGAUUACAGUGGGGACGGAGAAGGAGGUGGAUCGGUUUCUGGAGGAGAUUCGGGUGGUGUUGGCGGGGAUUUUUGAGAAGGGUGGGAAGGUGAGUCCGAGGGAGGAGGAGAGGAAGGAAAAGGAGGCUAGUGCGGUGGUGGCUUGAUUUGAUGAGGGGGUAAAUCUGGCAUAGAUAGAUGUUCAAGAGGUGGUUGAUGAUGUCUUUCCGCAUGCUAUGAUGCUCGAGGAGUUGCGGUUGUUUGUGUGUCACGACGCAGAGAUUUUGUUGGACCAUGAAAAUGGGUUUGUCGUAUUUGAUCUGCCUGAACGAAGAAUUUCGACCUCGAUCUGUCGGUGAUGAGCUUAUUAUCUCACAUGGACACAUGUGCAAUAUUUUAG